AAGGGUUCAUGAUGUUAUGCACAUUAAAUUCUGAUUUGUCUUUAAGUGUGUGAUGAAAAUGAACACGUUAAUAUUGGAUUUGGACUUUAGGAACUUCUGCUCUGUACAACUCCCUCCUAUCCCGAAAGUCCAGUUUAGAAAAACACAAACACUUAACAUUGGACGGGUUAUUUUGAAAUGCCAUGUACUUGUAUAUACAUAAUUCUUACAUAAAUGAGCGUUGAGUUUAUAAAAUUGAACAGUUAACGAGAAUGGCUACUAUAAAUAUUUGUUAUACGGUCUAAUUUUAUUUCCAUAAACUAUACACUAGGAAAAUAAAGUCCGAAUAAAAGCAUGCACGUACGUAUACUACUCAGUGGCUACUUGUAAAUAAGUUUUGUUACGAAAUUCGAAAUUCUUCGUUUUUAGUCGGCAGGAUUUGCAUUUCCUGUGUGUGCGUGUAGGCAGUGGUUUUGUGAAGUCCAACCCGUGGACACUUAUCACGAUAAAACAACACCCGAAUUUAAUUCAGUUUAGUGUUUGAGUUUGUCUUAGCAAUGACAAGCAGAACAAGGCGCGGUAUGAAUUUAUUCCUGGCAACUUUAACGACAUUUGUAUUCAUUUUCGUUUUCGGCAUUUCGGGAGUUCAGAUUUCGUGUCCAAAUUUCGAAACUAAAAACUUUACUGAUGGCGUGUUUUAUCAGAAGAUAACGGACGGUAAAACUUUCGAAAACGAUUCGAUACUUUUCAACAACGUUUUGUAUGAGAAAAACAAUUAUUUCCGAAGGGAUGGAGAAAUAUGGGGGUGCAUUUGUAACGUGAAACAGUGCGUAAGGAAAUGUUGUAGUGAAAAGGAGUAUUUUACUAAUAAUUGUACAGAAUUUGACGACGACGAAAUUUACAGUUACGAUAACGUAAAAAAUGUUACUAGCGAAAACGAACGCGAGUUUCAUACAAUUUAUGGAAAACCUGCAUGUCCAAGCGUCCUGUUUUCUGCCGAUGAAGAUAACUUCUAUUUACAAGAAGACGGAAGCCUUUUUCUGUCUGAGACUGACAUUUUCAACAUGGACAGCUACUGUAUUAACGUGUUUUCUACCGAAAAUCCGGGAUAUAAUGAGUUACUCGCAGCAGUAUGUACGGAAGACGAAGAAGAUGAUCUGAGACUGUUUUCCGCAGGAAUGAUAAUCUCCCUGCCGUGUCUUUUCAUAACGUUCCUGGUGUAUUUUUUGGAUCCAAACCGCAACUUUCAUGGAAUGUGUCUCAUGUGUUACGUUUCUACCUUGUUCUGUGCCUACGUGUUCUUGAUAAUUUUACAGUUGCACAGUGAUUUCGAGAUGUCAGUCUGUACUGCUUUGGGGAUACUGUGCUACUUCUUUUUCUUGGUAUCGUUCUUUUGGUUGAACAUCAUGUGUAUACACAUGUGGAGAAUUGGAGGCCAACAAAAUUUUUCACGAAGUAAGAAAGCCAAUAGAAACCGUUUUCUCGCGUACAGCGCUUACGCGUGGGGAGUACCCCUUAUAAUGACUGGAAUUGUUGUUGCUUUAAGAUUUUCAUUUCCGGAAGAAAGUAACUGGUUACCUUCGAUUGGAAUACGACAGUGUUGGUUUAAUGAUGAUCUUCAAUCUCUAAUCUACUUUUAUGGGCCCGUAACUGUGUUGAUAACCAUAAAUAUCACCUUAUUCGCCAUCACAGCAAUCAAAAUAUUGAAAGCCAAAAAGGAUACCGCUAUACUAAGAAAAGAUGAGAAAGAAAGGAAAACACUUUUACAAAGAUUUCUUCACAGAGGACCAAUCAAACGAUCUAUACAAGUUGAAGGGUUCAAUCUAUACAGCAAACUUGUCCUUGCAAUGGGAGUAAACUGGGCAAUGGAGGUAAUUUCUUUUUAUUUCCGGUUUGUGGACCACAUGUCACCCAAGUGGAUAUGGUACUUCACAGACUUUUGUAACGCAUGUUAUGGUGUCUUUAUCUUUUUUGUGUAUGCCUUCAAAAAAGUAUGGACUAUAUGUAAAGUAAGAUAUUACAAGAUGACUGGAAAGCCAUACGAAGAAAAAACAGUUACACAAAGUACUCCUCGAACUGUAACGUCAAAUGUAAGCUAUGCUACUUCCAACAAUGCCGAAUCAACGGCUAUGAUUUCCUAAAUAGCAAUGAAUCUCGUCAAUGUCUGGGUUUUGUGAAACUUCAUUUUUCUUAGAAGAUGUGACCAGUUCAGGUUUCGAAGACAACUUAUAUCAAAUGAAACUAUCGUCAACUAUACUCCAACCAUUAAAGAAAUGUUUAACACAUACAGUAGCUAUUAAAUUUUAGGAUGAAUUACACUUUUUAUUCCAUAUCUACGAAAGCAUUUCUUUGAACAUGACUUAAAAAAACGCUAAUUAUUUAUUGUCAUUUAUCGUAGCUACAAUUAAUUAUUGUCGAAAAUGUUAAAGAAAUCCAUACAUAAGUAAAGAAGUCGAUAACGUAAUGUUUAUUUUUUUUUUCAAUUCAUCUUUUCUUUUUUAAAAAUGCUCUCUUCCUGAAAAUUCAUCAAAUUGUCCCAUUAUUUUAAAGAACACAUUUGUAAACACUUAAAGUAGAUGUCUAGUUGUUUAACAAGCACAUCGAAAUUUUUACUAUAAAUUGUACGACCACGUUUAAUGUGCCAUAGUCAAAUAAAUAAAUAUGUGUGCAUGUAUGUACUUAAACCGUAUGGUUCAAAUGUAAAUAAAUGUUUGUUUUUAUUUAACUCUUAUUACGUAAGACCAUAAAAGUAGUAUUAAUAAAUAUAUUACUAUUAGAACUAUUUUGAGCUUUAUUAAUUAGGAUGUAUUCUAUUGAUAUCUUAUAUAAUACAGUAUGUGCGCUUUUUAAAUUUUAUGUACUUGUUAUAUUAUUUUUCAAUAAAAUAUUACACUAAUUAGUUAUAAA